GAAUGCAGCGGGGGCAGUCGGGGCGCGCGCAGUCUUGAGAGUGGAGCCGAGGGACGAGAGGGUGGAGCGGAGUGCGUGGCGGGCGGGACCCCCGAAGCUCGUUCGCUCGCUCGAGGAGUCGCCUCGAAGCCCGCGCGCGCGCUGGCCUCCCGCGCGCCGACCUGGGCUGAACUAACAAGCUCGGCUUUGGAGAAGGGGCUGGAGCCCCGCCACCGGCGCCUUGGGGCAACGGCCGUCGAGCAGCUGGUGCUGGCCGCCCGAGCCGGGAGGGCGACUCUCGCCGGGCGGGGAUGGUGGACGAGCUGGCUGGGACUCGCCUGUGCGCGGCCGCCACUCGGCCCGGCACUGCCCGCCAGGGGGCGACGCCGCGCGGGGUCCGCAGCCGGCGACCCGCAGCGAAGAGGCGGCGGCGGGGGCCGUAGGGGAGCCGGCCGAGCAUCCAGGGAACUCCUCCGGCCCCCAGAGUCUUCCGAGUCCGCCUUCCGAGGAGUUUGGAAACGAGCGUCCCACGUUUGCUAUGUUGCCCUUUGGAGACAAAACGAGAGAAAUGGUCAACGCAUGGUUUUCAGAGAGAGUUCACAACAUCCCUGUAUGCAAGGAAGGCAUCCGAGCCCACACGGAGUCGUGCUCCUGCCCCUCACAGCAGAGUCCUCAUGCGGACAAUACCAACCCUGGAGCACCAGCCAGAAAAAUCUCUGCCUCUGAAUUUGACCGGCCUCUUAGACCCAUUGUUGUCAAGGAUUCUGAGGGAACUGUGAGCUUUCUCUCUGACUCAGGAAAAAAGGAACAGAUGCCACUAACCCCCCCAAGAUUCGAUAGUGACGAAGGGGACCAAUGCUCCAGACUCUUGGAAUUAGUAAAAGAUAUUUCCAGUCAUUUGGAUGUCACAGCCUUAUGUCACAAAAUUUUCUUGCACAUCCACGGACUCAUCUCCGCCGAUCGCUAUUCCCUAUUCCUUGUUUGUGAGGACAGCUCCAAAGACAAAUUUCUUAUCAGCCGCCUCUUUGAUGUCGCUGAAGGUUCGACACUGGAGGAAGCUUCCAAUAACUGCAUCCGCUUGGAGUGGAACAAAGGCAUUGUGGGACACGUGGCAGCUUUUGGUGAACCCUUGAAUAUCAAAGAUGCCUAUGAGGAUCCUCGGUUCAAUGCCGAAGUUGACCAAAUUACAGGCUACAGAACACAGAGUAUCCUUUGUAUGCCAAUUAAAAACCACAGAGAAGAGGUUGUUGGUGUAGCCCAGGCCAUCAACAAGAAAUCAGGAAAUGGUGGGACAUUCACUGAGAAGGAUGAAAAGGACUUUGCUGCCUAUUUGGCAUUUUGCGGUAUUGUCCUUCACAAUGCUCAGCUCUAUGAAACGUCACUGCUGGAGAAUAAAAGAAAUCAGGUAUUGCUUGACCUUGCUAGCUUAAUUUUCGAAGAGCAGCAGUCAUUAGAAGUAAUUCUGAAGAAGAUAGCUGCCACCAUUAUCUCCUUCAUGCAGGUGCAGAAGUGCACCAUAUUCAUUGUGGAUGAAGACUGCUCUGACUCUUUCUCUAGUGUGUUCCACAUGGAGUGUGAGGAAUUAGGAAAAUCAUCUGAUACUUUAACAAGGGAGCACGAUGCAAACAAAAUCAAUUACAUGUAUGCUCAGUAUGUCAAGAACACAAUGGAGCCACUUAAUAUCCCUGAUGUCGCUAAGGACAAACGAUUUCCCUGGACAAAUGAACACACAGGGCAUGUAAACACACACUGCACUGGAAGCUUGCUUUGCACACCUAUAAAGAAUGGAAAGAAGAACAAAGUCAUAGGAGUUUGCCAACUUGUCAAUAAGAUGGAGGAGAAUACUGGCAAGAUUAAACCUUUCAACCAAAAUGACGAACAGUUCCUGGAAGCUUUUGUUAUCUUCUGUGGCUUGGGGAUCCAGAACACACAGAUGUAUGAAGCGGUGGAGAGAGCCAUGGCCAAGCAAAUGGUGACAUUAGAGGUCCUGUCCUAUCAUGCGUCAGCAGCAGAGGAAGAAACAAGAGAGCUCCAGGCUUUGGCGGCUGCUGUGGUGCCAUCUGCCCAAACCCUUAAAAUUACUGACUUCAGCUUCAGUGACUUUGAGCUGUCUGAUGUGGAAACAGCACUGUGUACAAUUCGUAUGUUCACUGACCUCAACCUUGUGCAGAACUUCCAGAUGAAACACGAGGUUCUCUGCAGAUGGAUUUUAAGUGUUAAGAAGAAUUACCGGAAGAAUGUUGCCUAUCACAAUUGGAGGCAUGCCUUUAACACGGCACAGUGCAUGUUUGCUGCUCUAAAAGCAGGCAAGAUUCAGAACAAGUUGACGGAUCUAGAGACACUUGCCCUGCUGAUUGCUGCUCUAAGCCAUGAUUUGGAUCAUCGUGGUGUGAACAACUCAUACAUACAGCGAAGUGAACACCCGCUGGCCCAGCUGUACUGCCACUCCAUCAUGGAACACCAUCAUUUUGAUCAGUGCUUGAUGAUUCUAAAUAGCCCAGGCAACCAGAUUCUCAGUGGCCUCUCCAUUGAAGAAUAUAAGACCACACUGAAAAUAAUCAAGCAAGCAAUUUUAGCUACAGACCUAGCACUGUACAUUAAGAGACGAGGAGAAUUUUUUGAACUUAUAAGAAAAAAUCAAUUCAGUUUUGAAGAUCCUCUUCAAAAGGAGUUAUUUCUAGCAAUGCUGAUGACUGCCUGUGAUCUCUCCGCGAUUACCAAGCCCUGGCCUAUUCAACAACGGAUAGCAGAACUCGUGGCAGCUGAAUUCUUCGAUCAAGGAGAUAGGGAGAGAAAAGAACUCAACAUUGAGCCUGCUGAUCUAAUGAACAGGGAGAAGAAAAAUAAAAUCCCAAGUAUGCAAGUUGGGUUCAUAGACGCCAUCUGCUUGCAGCUGUAUGAGGCCCUGACCCAUGUUUCAGAGGACUGUUUGCCCUUGCUGGAUGGUUGCAGGAAGAACAGACAGAAAUGGCAGGCCCUUGCAGAGCAGCAGGAGAAGACGCUCAUUAAUGGGGAAAGCAGCCAGGCCAAGUGAGGCUGACAGUGUGUCCCCAUGCGAACUGCCCUGGGCCGGGUUUCUCCAUACACUAUGCAUAUUUGUGUGCACUUUGCCACUGCUGUAUUUUGGUUUUGCACAACUUUUGAGGGCAUAGCAUGAACUGUUUUAGGAAUUGCUACCUACUUUCUGUACUUUUGUUUUAUGCCACUGGAGUGAAAUGAGGAGUCAUAUUCACUUACAACACGUUGAUAAGAAUGGCGUCAAUGGCCUUCCUACACUCAGUUUGAUUUUGCUUGGAUAUUUAUAAAUAACUGCCUUUGUGUUUCUGAGUCACCGGUCUUUCAAACAUGUUCUCAAAAGUAGGUUAGAGGCAAACUGAUUAUGUUCUGGGACAUUUAAAGCCACCAUUAGAUGAAUGUUGACUGGGUAGAUUAUAGGAAGAAAUGAAUAUGAAUUUGAAGAGUCUUAACGUAGUUAAGGUGUUGAGAAACAAGAAAAUGCGGUACCUAACUGCUCUGCUCUUUCUGCGAUGGGGGCUACCUGUAGUACAUCCCAUCUGUGUGGCAGAGCAAACAGCACUACAGCCAAUCCAUGUAACAAUCUCAGACCCCCACUAAAGCCCAGGCCAGAUACCUGCCCCAAUUGACCUACCCAAGAGAGGGUGUGUGCCAGACAUAGGAGGGCCCGGAAUAGCCCUCAGCCAAGAGAAAUAUCUCACUGGAAGAUCUUUCUGACAAUCUGCAUUUUAAAUACUGAAAACUUUAAAAACUAUUUCUUAACUUUUCAUUGCCUUAACACAACAACCAGGUUUCAAGGGAAAAGUGGUCCCAGGAGCACUUGCCUGAAAUCAGACGUGACUACAGUAAGAAAGUGCAAAAGUUCGCCUUUAUUCCUCUCUCAAAUUUACAGGAAAAGAAAAUAAUUAGAUGAGUAGCAGAGGUUUGUCUCUAAAAGGAAGCUCAGACAAUGAGUUCAAAGGGACAGCGUGUGCAGUCUUCUGUCUGAAUGAAACAGCCUUCAGUGUUGCGAGCAGAUAGUGAAUCACACCUACCAGCUGGGUUAGGGAGGAAUAUCUGUCCCAAAUGUGCAGGAUUGUUUGCAUUUGAGGAGAAUUAGAGGGAUUUGAUUCAUUAACUUCCACACUUUCCCCGGCUCCUCCCAAAGUGGGAGAAGUAAUUGACCUGGGUUUCUAACAUUAACUUGGAUUAAAAUGGUUUCUUUUUCCUUUUCUCUUUGCUUAAACUUCAACGUGUUCACUUCAGAUCCUGUGUAUGUACAUUUUAUUGUGGCUUUGUUCUUACCGAGACGAGAAAAGGCAAAGCAAGUUAUACAUUACUGUUUUGUAUUGGUGAAGGCUAAUCCAGGGAGUUGUCACCAAUGCUGAUUGUAUUAUUGUUGUAAUACUUGUAUUUUCAGAGUAUUAUUUUAUUUGUGUUUCAUGUUAUAUAGAUGAAAUCUGUAAGGUUGCCUCUAAUGCACUGGUGUGUAAAUUACACAGACUGUCACUAACAAUAGUCAUAUCAGCAUACUGUAUACACCCAUGCACGCACGCACGCACGCACGCCUACAUAUUCUUGAGUGUAGACACGUGUUUAGAGAACACUCUCCUAACCCAGCACUGAACCCCACUCGUUGUGACUGAGCAGUUAUGCUGAAAUGCAGUCAUAUACAUUUGUAGCUUAAGUUGCUGAGAAUAUUUUUAAAGAUGACAUUAUUUGUGAAGGAUUUGUCUGCCAUGUUAACAAGCAAGAAGUCAGAGUGGAAAUUAUUUGGUUUGCUUUAGGUAAUGGUUUAUUUUAUCUACUAGGAUAGGUAUUAAAAUAGGAGGAGUAGUGCCAUGACUAUGUUAUGUUAUAUUAUUGCUGGAUAUUUUAGUUCAUACACAGGAGAGUACUAUUUUAUUCAAAUAAUUUUUAUUUUAUAGGAAAACCAUUCCAUACAUGGAUUUCUUGUCUGUGGUACAAGAACACAAAUCACAGUUUUUGUUCUGAAUGUGAAUAUUGCCUUUCUAGUAGCCUCUCAAGUUGGAAUAUAUUUAUUAUAUUAUAUAUAUUAUUAUGAUCUCUCCCUUACACUGCCAUGUAUUGAUAUUGCCCAUAAUGAACAAGAUAUUAUUCUUGUCCUAGACCAUUUGUUUGGUUAAUUGCUUGACUGGUUGCAGAAAAAUAAUAUGAUAACAUUUAAUUUUAAUUUUUAGCCAGAAAAAUUCCUGUUUCUGUAACUUGUCUCUAAAGUUUUCUGCUCUUAUAUGUUUAGAAGAUCUGCCUUUGCCGGUCAUGAUGCUGUGUGAAUGUGUGUAAGUCAAUUAACCUCUGGACCUAAGGAAGCUGUGUUCCUAAUGUAGUUAGGUUUGGACAAAACCUGUGUUCAAGGGAAGCGUCACAGGAGGCAGCUAGCUCCUAAGCCUUUCUUACCGGCCUUUGAGACCACUGUUAGAAACGGGGAAUUGAAGCAGAGAAGUGAUCUCAUCCCACAGGUCAUUUCUUACGUUGAGUUCUUUAGAUGGGAAGCAAGUACAUUUAAUCCAUUCCACACAGCCCUGGCUCGGAGCAUAAACCGAGGAUGCUGCUUUGUUACUGGUUGAUUAAGUACAAAGAAGAGUCUCUGUUAGUAGCAGCAUGGAGAUAAGGGUGGAUAUGAAAAUGUACUAGAAAUAUUGAUUUCUUGGAGGAACUUGAAUCCCAGACAAUUAUUUGCCUACCAGUAAAGUGCCUUUACUCUCAGAGUGUUGCAGAAGUGUUUGGCUUGGCACCUAUUGCAUUUCCAAAUUUCCUGGGGUUUUCAUUCCGAAACCGUAACAGGUAAGCAGAGAGGCCUUUUUCUUUAGCCAGAUUUAAGAUGACAGAAGACAAAGUGUUCCCUUGCUCUCCUGUAAACAGCUGUUUCAAAUAAGGUGGUAGAACUUAUUUACUUGGUAUCAGCCGUGCAUCAGGCCACCUUUUAUUAAAUCCUCUCCAUAUGUUAUUAAUCCUGUCCAUCUGUUAGGUACAGUGCUCAGUGGCUGAAACAGAGCAGUAACUUCACGGAGCUCACGGGCUAUACAGGAAAUGACUAAGAGCACCAUUUCUCAUCCCACCUUGUAUAGAGGGCAUCCCCUCAUCUGUAACAUACAUACUGUGCACUUUCAUCCAGAAUUUCUUCUAUGUCUGUGAACACCCUGUCUCCCUGUCAGCAUGGAUCCUUUAACCUGCCGAUAGCCUGAAGAACGCCUGUGUAAGGAAGGAGUCUUCCAUGACAGAUCAUGUUUCCAUAUUCCAGUCAGGCAGAGAGGAGUCAGAGUUGGCCUGAAUCUCCUCUGCCCUUUCACAGAGAGCAAAGAAGGGAGAAUUAGAGCUUACCUCACCUGCCUCAUUAUUAUCAAAAAGCCUGUGUAGCCAUGUCUUGAAUGCUGUUGGAAGUGAUGUAAAUAGCUGAAAAUAUAAAUUUCUAUUGCUGUUCAAGAACUCGAAUGAACUGUCACUCACCACUAUUGAUAUCUAUUUGUAUUCUUAAUGCCUUUUCAAUGUAUCUGAACAAAUAUAUAGUUUCUGGCACUAUUUUUAUACUAGCAUAAAGGAGUUACUAUGUAAAUUAUGUUUUGUUGUGAAGCCGUUUAAAAUAAUUGAAAUGUCGGUUUCUUUUCCAUCCUCUCACCACACCGAAAACCCUUUCCGGCCAUCCUUCUGUGAGGGGAGAGGGUGUCACUCUCCGGAAGCGCUUGCCCACCACCUCUGGUCCCUGUGAGGUCAGACACGAUCAAGGUGGUUUUCCAUGGUGCAAAGUCAUCGCACGUCAGCUGUUUUAUCAUUGUGCAGUGCUGUAAAAAUAAAACGAACAAACGGGAA